GCAGUGCAUGACGCCAUUGUUGACACAACUGCGUAGUGAGAGGAUAGUGCUGCUCAGCAUGAUCUUCAAAGCCAGCUUCCCUCUCCUCUCUGCUCUCCUCAUCUGCUGUGGAGCAACCACAGGCACUGAGGGCUCAGAACAGGAGGUUGAGGUGCACUCUCUUGAUAUGCCAACAGAGAGUGAUGUGGAGAAAAGUACAGGGACUUGCCCUCAGUACUGGACUCCUUAUGGUACCCGCUGUUUCAAGUUUGUCUCCACAGCAAGAUCUUGGGCCGAAUCUGAGCGUUACUGUGUGCUGAUGGGAGGGAACCUGGCCUCGGUGCACAGCACAGAUGAGUACCAUUUCAUCCAGGAACUGAUCCGCGAACACACUGAAGGCACUCCUCAUACUUGGAUCGGAGGAUGUGAUGCUGCUCAGGAGCGUCUGUGGCUUUGGAGUGAUGGGUCCAGGUUUGACUACACUUACUGGUACCAGGGCGUUCCUGAUAAUAUGGGUGGGGGAGAGCAUUGUAUCGAAAUGAAUUUUAGAGGUUUACAACACUGGAAUGAUGUUCCAUGUAAGGAGACGCUUCCAUCAGUGUGUGCUGUCCAAACACAACCAAACACAGGAGCAGCAUCUGAUUGGCUGACAGGACUCCACGGGUUGAUCGGAACCCCGCUGCGCCCCGACUUCCCCCUCUCCCUGACAGUGUCGUGA